UCCUAUUUCUCCGUCAUGUCCUCCAAUUUAUUGCUUCGAUUUUUCACAGAUUCCCUGCCGUUUUCUAUUCGCGUACUGCUGGAAUCCGCGGUGCGCAAUUGCGACAACUUCCAUGUGCUAGAGAAAGAUGUGCAGAGCAUUUUGGGAUGGACCCCUGGCCUAAAACAAGGAGCCAAUGACGUGGAGGUUUUGUUCAAGCCGGCGCGUGUUAUUCUGCAGGACUUCACUGGUGUUCCCGCCGUGGUGGACUUCGCCGCCAUGCGAGAUGCUGUCCGACAGCUGGGCGGCAACCCCGAGAAAAUCAAUCCCAUCUGUCCCGCCGACCUGGUCAUCAACCAUUCCGUGCAGGUUGACUUUGCACGCACCUCGGACGCCCUGUCCAAGAACCAGUCCCUGGAGUUUGAGCGCAACAAGGAGCGCUUUACAUUCCUCAAGUGGGGGGCCAAAGCCUUCGACAAUAUGCUGAUUGUGCCGCCUGGGUCCGGCAUAGUGCAUCAGGUUAACCUGGAAUAUUUGGCGCGUGUAGUUUUCGAAAGCAAUGAGGCCGAUGGCUCGAAGAUCCUAUACCCGGACAGCGUUGUUGGCACUGACUCCCACACCACAAUGAUCAAUGGCUUGGGAGUAUUGGGCUGGGGUGAAGCAGAAGCUGUGAUGCUGGGUCAGUCCAUCUCCAUGCUGCUGCCUGAGGUUAUUGGCUACAAGCUGGAGGGAAAGUUGGGCCCGUUGGCCACCUCCACCGAUCUAGUUCUGACCAUCACAAAGCACUUGCGGCAGCUGGGCGUAGUUGGCAAGUUCGUCGAGUUCUACGGACCCGGAGUGGCGGAGCUAAGUAUAGCAGAUCGAGCCACAAUAAGCAACAUGUGUCCGGAGUACGGAGCCACCGUCGGCUAUUUCCCGAUUGAUGAGAACACCCUUAGCUACAUGGAUCAGACAAGUGAUCAUAAAUAAUCAACUUUAAAUCGGUCGGAGAAGAAAAUCGACGUCAUUCGGGAGUAUCUUAAGGCCACAAAGCAACUUCGGGACUAUUCUCUUGAAGCUCAGGAUCCCGUAUACACUGAGUCUGCCACCCUGGAUCUGUCGACGGUGGUUACUUCCGUUUCUGGACCCAAGCGUCCGCAUGACCGCGUCUCAGUCUCUGGCAUGCUGGAAGAUUUCAAGUCCUGCCUGAUCAGUCCCGUGGGAUUCAAGGGAUUCGCAGUGUCACCGGACGCUCUCAAAGCCAGCGGGGAGUUCCAGUGGGACGAUGGGAAGAGCUACAAGAUCGGGCAUGGAUCUGUGGUGAUUGCUGCAAUUACAUCAUGCACCAACACCUCCCACCCCUCGGUGAUGUUGGGGGCCGGUUUACUGGCCAAGAAAGCCGUCGAGAAGGGCCUGAAUAUUCUUCCCUAUAUUAAGACGUCGCUCUCGCCUGGCUCGGGAGUGGUGACCUAUUAUCUGAGGGAGUCGGGAGUGAUUCCCUACCUAGAGAAGCUGGGAUUCGAUAUCGUCGGCUACGGAUUCAUGACCUGUAUCGGAAACUCUGGUCCUCUGCACGAAAAUGUUGUGAACACCAUCGAGAAGAACGGAUUGGUUUGCUGUGGUGUCCUUUCGGGUAACCGGAAUUUCGAGGGACGCAUCCACCCCAAUACGAGAGCCAACUACCUCGCUAGCCCCCAGGAAGUCUACAGCAAAAUACAACUGGGGUCACAGGACUGGGAGACGCUGCAGGUUUCAGAGAGGAGCGAGGCAUCCACGUACAUCAAACGUCCUCCCUUCUUCCAGGACAUGACUCGUGAACUGCCCAAACUGAGCGGAAUUGCGAAUGCACGCUGCCUUCUCAUGCUGGGCGACUCGGUGACCACCGAUCACAUCUCUCCAGCGGGAUCCAUUGCCAGGAGAUCUCCUGCAGCGCGCUACUUGGCGGAGCGUGGGCUCACGCCGCGGGACUUCAAUUCCUACGGAUCAAGGCGGGGCAACGAUGCGGUUAUGGCGCGAGGAACCUUCGCAAACAUUCGUCUCUUCAACAAGCUGGCCUCCAGAACAGGACCCACCACUAUACACGUGCCCAGUGGCGAGGAGUUGGACAUUUUCGAUGCGGCGGAGAAGUACCGAAGCGAGGGAACUCCUCUGGUCCUGCUUGUGGGCAAGGACUAUGGAAGUGGCAGCUCCAGACUCUGGGCCGCCAAGGGACCGUUCCUGCUGGGCAUCAAGGCGGUGAUUGCGGAGUCCUACGAGCGCAUUCACCGCUCCAACCUGGUGGGCAUGGGCAUUAUCCCGCUGCAGUUCCUGCCAGGACAGAGCGCCGAGACCCUGAAGCUGAGUGGCCGCGAGACUUACAAUAUCGACCUGCCCAGUGGCUUAAAGCCCGGCCAGCGCAUUCAGGUAGAGGCCGAUGGCAAUAUUUUCGACACCACGCUGCGCUUCGACACUGAGGUGGACAUUACCUACUUUAAAAACGGUGGAAUUCUUAACUAUAUGAUCCGCAAGAUGCUGGAUUAAUUAACGCAUUUUUAAGAAAUAUUAUUCCAUUUGCAUUUCAA